UCAAACGAAGAAGAACACAGAAAGUAAGAUUUAUAAAAAUUUAAAGAACAGAAACAAAAACAUAAAUAUUUAACAAAAAUUGUGAAAUAAACUCUAUGAAGAGCAAGAUAGUGAAUUAGUGAGAGAGAGAGAGAGAUUUAAGUGUUUAACUAAAUUUGCCUUACUUGGAUUACCCCAAAGCUUUUUUCGAUAAAACAUUUGCCAUUAUGGAUAAAUUCAACUACAGCAAAUGUCCUUUGAAAAAGCGACCCAUCAUGAUGCUGAAAAAGGAAUAUAUGGAUACCACAGACAUUGGCCUUGAUCAUGAUGAAGGUCCAGUGGAUCUGAGCAAAGCCUCCAGUACGAUUCCCGCCACAAUCAAUCCCAAAUAUGAACAGGAUGAUGUGAUGCCGGUUUCACCUUUGGAUUUACAAGCCAAACUCAAUGCCCAGAGCAAAGAAGAUUUGGCCCGACGCAUUUGGGAUGAGACACGAGAAAUUGCUCGGGCUUUCCCCGAUGUCUUUACCAAAGAAGAAAUUGCCCGUAGCUUGGCUCGUUUAGGCUACGGCGAAUUCCCCUUCCCCCAAACCACAGAGACCCAGGAGAGAAUUAGAACCCCCUCACCGCCACCAUUGCCAAGGGCAGAGACUUUUUAUGGUGCCUCUGUAAAACAAGAACCUCAGGAUAGUUCCUAUGCCAUUGUUAAUGAGCUCGUUCCCAAUCCCCUGAAUGGUAUUCGCAAUUUUAAUAAUAAUUUAAUGAAAAGCAUUGCCGAGUAUGAGGAUUGUUUAAGGCCACAGAAUUUCUCGCGUGAAACAUCACCAAAACCCCUGCAAGACAGUGAACCCUACGGCAGUACCUAUGAACCUGAAGAUUUGUCGUAUAGGCCACAAAUAGCACCAGCUGGCAAAAAGGUAUUGGGAGAAAAUGUGAAUUUACACAAUGUGGCCAGAGCAUUGUUGGGCUUACAGAAUUUCAAACCUGAUCCGAGUCCAGUUGCCCAAAAUACAAACACGAACAACAACAACAUCAGCGGUGAGGUCUUGAAACCCCUGGCCAAUGGUAACAUCAACCUGAAAUUGAAAACCUCCAAUGAUUUGUAUUAUCAGUGCCAGCAGUGUAACAAAUGUUAUGCCACCUAUGCGGGAUUGGUGAAACAUCAACAAAGUCAUGCCUUUGAGAGCACCGAAUACAAAAUCAUACGCAGCAACCCAGAGGGUGGAGCCAUAACCCACGAUUCUACAGAGUUUACCACAGAUCAGGCGGCUGCCUUGAUACAAGCCUCUGCCUUGGCUUCGUCACAGUCCAUGCAAAAACCUGUGGGUGUACCACGCUAUCACUGCAAUGAUUGUGGCAAGUCCUAUUCCACCUUUUCGGGCCUGACGAAACAUCAACAAUUCCAUUGCCCCGCCGCCGAAGGGAAUCAAGUGAAAAAGGUUUUCAAUUGCAAGAACUGUGAUAAGACCUAUGUGAGUCUGGGUGCCCUAAAAAUGCAUAUACGCACCCACACCCUACCCUGUAAAUGUCCUAUAUGUGGCAAGGCCUUUUCCCGUCCCUGGCUAUUGCAGGGUCACAUACGUACCCACACCGGCGAGAAACCCUUCAGCUGUCAACACUGCAAUCGUGCCUUUGCCGAUCGUUCUAAUCUUCGAGCCCACAUGCAAACUCAUUCGGAUGUUAAGAAAUAUUCCUGCCCCACAUGCACGAAGUCCUUCUCGCGCAUGUCCCUGCUGGGUAAACAUCUACAAAAUGGCUGUCAAUCUUCAUCGCCACCACACAGUGGUAAUGAAUCCUCAGCCUCACUGUCGCCCACACCAACUGCCGAGACAAUUAUUGCGGGGGGUUUUAAUCAACAACAAUUGCAACAACAUCUACAAGGAUUGCAACAAAAUUUCAUGCAACAUGGCAACCAAUCACCGGUCUAUGAUGAGAAUAUGAAUCCUUCCAACAACCUCCUGCAGUCACAGUCCGGAGAGCAGCAACACCAGCAGCAGCAACGUAUUUACUAUGCUGGCAGUGUGGAUAGCAGUGAAAAUGAGACCGAAGAUGAUUAUAAAAUGCAGGAAAAUGUUCAUCGGCUCAUACACCAAAUGAGUGAUUAUUAGGUAUGAUUUUGUUGUUGUUUUUUUUUUUUUUUUUUUCA